AUGGCCCAGACAAAGUCCGCAUCAAAGCUCCGGCAGAUGCUGGCCGAUCCGGAAAAGACCGUGGUAUGCCCGGGCGUACACGACGGACUCACGGCGCGAGUAGCUCUGAGCGUCGGCUUCGAUGCGUUAUACAUGACGGGCGCCGGGACAGCUGCGUCCCGCCUGGGACAGCCGGACCUCGGCCUCACGACCGUCGACGACAUGGCGACGAACGCCGGGAUGAUCGCGGGCCUGGACCGCUCCGUCCCCGUGAUCGCGGACGCCGACACCGGGUUCGGGGGACCCCUGAUGGCCGCGCGCACCGCCGAGAAGUACAUCCUGCAGGGCGUGGCGGCGUUCCACAUCGAGGACCAGGUGACGACGAAGCGCUGCGGACACCUCAGCGGGAAGGAGCUCGUCGACACGGCGACGUUCGUGGCGCGCAUCCGGGCCGCGGCCUCGGCGCGGUCGCGCCUGGGCUCGGAUAUCGUGAUCAUCGCGCGCACGGACGCGCUGCAGUCGCGGGGCUACUCGGAGGCGGUUCGCAGGCUACAAGCGGCCGUGGAAGCCGGUGCCGAUGCGGCGUUCCUGGAGGGCAUGCAGACGAAGGAGCAGAUGGCGCAGGUGGUCAAGGACAUGGCGCCCACGCCGUGUCUCCUGAACAUGGUCAACGGCGGCGUGACGCCGCUGGUGAACGCGCAGGAGGCGAAGGAGCUCGGGUAUAAGAUCGUUCUGUGGCCGAUAGCCGGCAUGACGAGCGUGUAUAUCGCCAUGCGCGAGUUCUGCCGGGAACUGAAGAGCACGGGCGAGAUAAAGAACAGGUAUAAGGAAGACGGGAAGAUUGAUGGAGGUGUGAGGGAUGUGUUUGAAUUGUGCGGGCUGUCGACUUGCAUUGAGUUCGAUAAGGAGGUUGGAGGUGCAAGUUUCGCGAAUGGUGCAUAAGAUACAUACCUCAUAUUACAUGAAUUAUAUGGAUAUUAAUUAUUUUAUGUGAAGUGGACAAUAGGAGGCUCUAUCUUCUAAAAGGACACCCAGUCCAGGACUUGUGAAUUGUUACCUUGUUCUCUACCUAAGCAAUCGAAGAACUCAUAAUCUACUAUUCAAUGACGGUUUUGAAGCCGUCUUGGUACGAAAGUAUUCGAUUCGAUAUAUCACACGGCCACAUGCGUGGCCCUCUUUACCACAAAUAUAAGUUGAUCUGUUAGUUUUGCGAUUAAGCAAAC